GUAUUCGCAAAAAUUGAAUGUGUCAAAUAAUUCAUUAUUUUGCAUUUCUACCCUAGGAUUUUUAUAGAAAAAUUUUCUUAAAUUUAACUAAUCGCAAGUAAUCUUUUAUAAAAAUAACUAAAAAAAGGAAAAUUUCUGCAAAAUGUUAAUCAAAGUAAAGACUCUAACUGGCAAAGAAAUAGAGAUCGAUAUAGAACCUACAGAUAAGGUUGAUCGUAUCAAAGAGCGUGUAGAAGAGAAGGAAGGCAUUCCACCUCAACAACAACGUUUAAUUUUCUCGGGCAAACAAAUGAAUGAUGACAAAACUGCUGCCGAUUAUAAAGUUCAAGGCGGUUCUGUGCUGCACUUGGUAUUGGCUCUACGAGGAGGCAGUCAAAAUUAAGAUUUUUCGUUCCUCAUUUAUAAUAUUAGGCCUCCAAGUACGGCACCCGGUUAUAUAUUAUAAAAAUGAUGACCUUUUUAUUUGUGUAAAAUAAAUUAUAGGGCAUUAACUAUUUAAGUACUCAUUUAUAUUUUUAAAAGUCAUUAAAAUUUAAAGAAAAAAAUUGUGGAAA